AUGACUCAUGUAAUUGAUGAUGCAGCGCAAGACAAGAUUGCAGACUUUGAGAUGAAGCUGAUGGAUAUCGACAGUGAGCAUUUAGGAAUCCCUGACGCUGAGUACCACUCUAUUGUGAGGAUGCCGUCUGGUGAAUUUUCCAGGAUAUGCAAGGAUCUCAGUACCAUCGGUGACACUGUUGUGAUCUCUGUGACGAAAGAAGGUGUGAAGUUUUCAACAGCAGGUGAUAUUGGGACAGCGAACAUUGUACUCAGGCAGAAUACGACUGUGGACAAACCUGAAGAUGCAAUUGUGAUAGAGAUGAACGAGCCUGUAUCGCUUUCAUUCGCGUUGAGGUACAUGAACUCCUUCACAAAGGCGACUCCUUUGUCUGAGACAGUGACAAUCAGUUUGUCCUCGGAGUUACCUGUCGUGGUGGAGUACAAGGUUGCUGAGAUGGGUUACAUUCGAUACUAUUUGGCUCCCAAGAUUGAAGAAGAAGAAGACACUAAUCCUUAA